UGUUGAUCAAUCAGAUUGCCGUAGUUUAUAUAGUUAAAACAAAAUAUCAAUUUAUAAGUAGCAUUUACAGAUCACAAUAAGUUAGUUGUUCACUAUAUGUCCAAAGUUUAUUAUACUUUACUGCAUGGUCCAUUUUAAUUCAUAUGGAAGCCUGAGUUUACGAGGAGCACGGGAACGCAGCACGAUGCUCGGUUGCUUCAGUAAAGUGCGCCCCCUAUCCGCCGGAGCCCGGCACUGGUUCUUCCCCCAUGGAGGAGAGCAGGAGGAGGCCGGAGAGAGGAUGAUUAUGCUGUCAUCCGGUUGUCAGCGACCGCAGUGAAUGACAAGCAGCAUGGACAUGGAGGCAUUUUGAAACGAUCCAUUUGCAACACCAUCACAUCGUCGCGGCGUUCGGACCGUGCGGCAUGAUCAUGGCGUCCCGGUGCACGGAGCAAGCCGUGCGGGAGUUCCUGAUGGAGAGAGGAGGGAGGGUCCAGCAGAUGGAGCUGAUCGAUCAUUUCCUAUCGGCUGUGGGGGGAAAGGACCAGUCGAAGGAAGGGGUGGAUCGCGAGCAGCUCGAACGCGUCGUGGACAACGUGGGUCUCGUGAAGGUGGAGAACGGUGUGAAAUUCGUGUGUCUGAAUGCCGAGCGCAGCGCCGAGUCCCUGGUGCGCGCGGACCACGCACACGGCUGCGAUCAAGCGGAGUGCAACGGGAAUAUCCAGGAGGCGCUGGACAACGGUGUGAACGGCAACCGUGACCACGGAUACCGAACAGGCGUACCCAGCCAACUUGGUGCAGACCUGGACGACAACAGACAGUCGAAUGGCAAUGAGCAACCUGCGACCUCCUUCCAGAUGAAGGUCACCACGGUGACUCCUACCCCCGGUGGGAGGGCGGAGGUGAAGCUGAGGGACAGGAGGAGGCGAGAGUCGGCACCGAUCAUCGGGAUGCAAGAUCUGGACCCCGCUCACCCUGGAUACUCCUACAGCCAGCAGGUGAGAGGGGCACGCCGGGUGUCCAAGUGCUCCCAACGGGCCAUGCUUACCAGCUGCCUGUCCGAAGACAGCGCCCUGGAGGGGAUGGACCCUGCCGGAGAUGUCAACACUCCUAAGGGAAGUCGCAGGAACUUCAUCGAGCUGAUGAUGAGUAGUUCUCCUCAGGUCCGGAGGUCUCUGAUCAACCGCGGCUCACGCCUCCGGGACUCGGUGCGGAGCGACGGCGAUUCAGUAUCAAUCCUCUCCUCUGCCACCGAUGAAGACUGUGCCUCAGUGACCCUGGACCCACUAGAGCACGAGUGGAUGCUGUGCGCCUCAGAAGGACUGUGGGAAAGCCUGCAGCCCCUGCUAGCAGUCGAACCCAGCCUGGUGACCAAGAGGGACUUUGUGACCGGCUUAACCUGCCUCCACUGGGCGGCCAAGCAAGGCAACGCCGAGCUGCUCUCCCAGCUGCUGGCCUUCGCCAAGGACAACGCUGUACCUGUGAAUGUUAACGUGAGAUCAAGUGCUGGAUACACACCGCUGCACUUGGCAGCCAUGCAUGGACACACGCAGGUGGUUCGUGUGCUGCUGUCGGACUGGGAGGCGGACCCCGAGGCCAGAGACUACAGCGGGAGGCGAGCCAUCCAGUACCUCCCCCCACCGCUGGCCGCUAACCUGCAAGAGGAGGGCGUGGUCACCUCACCGGGGGCCGAGUCAGACGGCGAAAACGCGAAUGGCAGCAGUGGUGGAAAAGGGCGCGGCUGGAGGUUUCCCAGAGUCCUCCCGGGCAAUCUGAACCCGCUGCGGCUACUGAACCCAACGGCCGAGGCCGCAGAAGAGGCAGCCGGGACCGGGAAGACUAAAGGGGGCGUGCAGAGGAAGUCGUCCCUGAGCCGGCUGAAUGCCCGGCUGCACCGAGGGCGCCACCGAGCCCAGAUCAUCCACAGCGCCUCCUUCAGGGACACAGGGGAGAUGGGAAGAGGAGAGGAGCUCCCCAUCAGUCCUCUCCGAACCCGACCUCUGUCCAACCUGUUUGGAUGAACCUACAACAGUCUGAACCAGUGGUGCAGAUUUUUAAAUGUUUUGUUUUACAGGAUAAGGUUUACUCACCUUUAUAAAAUCUGACAGGUCAGACCCAAAUUGAAAGUCUUAAUCUAGUGUCCAGCUGUUUUUAAAGUCUUAUGAUGGGAUUUUAAAGGAAAAACCUUUUAUUUUUUCUAAAAAAGUAUAUAACCUAUUUUUUUUCCUAUUGCACUUGUUACACUUAUGUUGACCUCUAACUCGAGGACACUGUUCACGUAGAUUUUCGUUUUUUUUGACAAGACAAUUCUUUGAUUGAAAACUGAGCUACUGCUCUGUUAAUUGCUUUUGAACUUGAUUUUUGUGUUGGUGGGGUUUUCUAUAAUUUUUAGGCUCUGUUUUAGAGCAGGUAGCAAAUAAUACAUAAGUUUGGGGGUUUGUUUUUGUUUUAUUACCUUACACUAGAACACAAAGAUGGAAAAGCAACAGGAAAGAUUGUACUGAGUUUUCACAGUGGUGAGGGAUCUGGGAAUAGCACUUCGGUUUGAUUCCACACAGUUAUCCAAAACCAUGUUUUUGAUUCCAGAGUAAAGUAAUAUAUUUCUAGAGCUCAUUUUCUAUAUUUCAACCUCCUCUGAUUGGAUGGUGCUGGAUUUUUUUUAAAAGUAUAUUUCUGCAAUGUGAAUGAAUCUUUUUAGUAGCAGAUUCUAAUAUUUAAACUGUUAAAACCACAGAAUUAUAUUCUGGCCAAACAACUAUUCAACCAGUCAUCAUGUUUGCACUUGUCACUUUAAAGAUAGUGGGCAAAAAUCGGGGGAAACACCUGAAACUAAAACAUGACAGCUGUUUUUGGUCCUAUUUCAUAAUUGCAUGUUGAUAUUGUAUACACAAUAGAAGUAGUCAUUCAAACUGUUAUACCUUUUAUAUGUUUAAACUACUGCAUACUGUAUACAAAAGUACAAAUGCGACUUUCAUUUUUCUAUACUUUUCACUUGUGUUAAUCGAUACAUGUCAGUUGGUUGUUCUGAAAGGGGAACAUUACUUUUAUAAAGACACUGAUCAGUUACACAGUACAACUGUUUCAAGGAUGGAAGCAAACAGAAAGGUGACAAUGUUUACAUCCCUUUUUCUACUGAGCAUAAUGUCCCUCAAAUCUUCUGAGUCAGGUUUACUUGUUAGAUGAUUUUGUUUUCAAAGUGGUAUGGUUCUCUGAAGGUCAGUUGCAGUAUUUUACAAUGUUUUCAGGUAUUUAACUUUGUGUAUUUGACAAUUUACAUUCCGAAAAAUGUUCAAACUAAUGGCACAAAUUCACAAUUUCAUGCAGAAUUUACAGUUGACCAAUCCCCAGGGAAAGAUAACAUCUAGAGACGACCAUAGACAGAGACACCUGGCAGCACUGAUCAGUUUAACAGUAAAUAUGCAAUCAAAUAACCUGUAUCAUAUGAUAUUGAAUAUGAAGUCCAUAUUGUCCCCAUGUGUAUUGAUCCGUCAUCGCAUUUUUUCAUUAAUCAUCUGUCAUCGCUGAAUAUUAGAGAGUCUAACCAAAUAUGAAUUUAGAUACUAAUCCUGAAUAUGCUGUAUGUUUAGCUGAGGAGCAAAUUGACUUGACUGCUUUCCCAAAUAUGUGAACCUUUGUUUCUUAACAGCACAUCCUAGGUUUCAUUGAAUGUUCUCUUUGUAGCAGAUUUUGUAGCUUUGUACUCACAGUACAUCAUGUAAUUGUAUGGCUGACACCUUUGAAGUGUAUUUACAGAUGUACUUUGACAUCACAUUGUCAGCUGCAUGAAUAUGGGAAUUUCAGUCUGUAAUUCAUUGUGUCUGUCUUUGUGAAAUACUGUGAAGUUAUGUAAUGUGAAAAAACUGUCGCCACUGUCAUUUUUCUCUUCAUGUCUCAUUCUUAAAUAUGAUAAAAGCAAUACCAACUUGCAUAAAA